AUGAUUGUACCUAGUCCAUUCGUAUAUUGGGCUCAAACAGACAAGUGUAUUACAUUAAAAAUUGACUUAAAGAAUGUCGUCAAUCCUGACGUAAAUGUUAGUGAUAAUAGUAUUAAAUUUUCUGGUAAAGGUAUAGGAGCCCAUGGAGAAACCCAAUAUGGAUUCAGCUUGGAUCUAUUUUCAUCACUUAAGUCGAAUAAUGAUGGCAAUCAAGACCCAAUAGUUCGGGUAUUUGAGAACCGAGUGGAAUUGGUUCUACAGAAGCAAAAAGCUUCUUGGUGGCCCCGGCUUACAGCUCAACCGCAGAAACCAGCAUGGCUAAAGAUAAAUUUUGAUCUUUGGAAAUCUGAGGAUGGUCAGGACAGUGACGACGAAGCAAGGGAUGUUAUGAGAGACUAUCCAGGAAUGUAUGACAGACUGCAUCAGGAAGAAAUGGGCUAUAGAAAAGAAGACCUAAAAAAAGUAUACCUCGUAAUCUACAAUCUAUUCCAAUUCAUCGGAUUCGUGUACGUGCUCGCGGUGAUGGGAGUACGCUACGCUAAGUUAGAAUACGAGUCCGUCUCAGACACGUACGAGCACGUGGGGCCAGCUAUGAAGUUUCUCCAGCUGAUGCAGUAUCUGGAAGUCAUGCAUCCUAUGUUCGGAUACACCAAGGGUGGAGUCCUCGUACCAUUCCUUCAAGUAAGCGGGCGGGCGUUCGUACUGUUCGCAAUGAUCGAAGCCGAACCCCGCAUACAGACGAAACCGGUUGUCUUCUAUCUCUUUUUAAUAUGGAGUCUCAUUGAAAUCGUCAGGUACCCGUUCUACAUAUCCCAAAUAUACAAAAAGGAGAUCUACAUAUUAACGUGGCUGCGGUACACAAUGUGGAUACCAUUGUAUCCUCUGGGUAUCUUAUGUGAAUCUAUAGUUAUCUUACGGAACGUCCCAUACUUUGAGGAAACACAGAGGUUCACCGUAUCAUUACCAAAUGAAUGGAACUUCGCUUUCCAUUUCCCCUCAUUUCUGAGGAUAUAUUUAUUGGUCCUUACAUUCCCGGGCAUGUUCUUCGUUAUGAGCCACAUGCAUAAACUGAGAACUGUGAAACUGAAGCCAAAGGUUAUCAUUAAGAAGUCCAAGUAG